GCUCCCUGCCCCCCUGCUCCCACAAUGCCUUGCAGCUGUGGUGGUGCGCCAUCCCAGGCGGGGGGCAGGAGGCCCAGCCUGACCUGUGACCUGCCCCCUCCAGGCUUGGACAUGAUGGUGGGGGUCUCACUGCUAAGGUGUCAUGGGCUCGUGGCCGUGGUGUGCGGGGCUGCUGGUGUCGGCACUGGAAGCGUGGGUUGCAGCUGCUGUGAGCCUGGAGCCGGUGUACUGGAACACAGCGAACAAAAAGUUUGCAGGCGCAGGCGGCUAUGUGCUGUACCCACAGAUUGGCGACCGGCUAGACCUGAUCUGUCCAGGGGUGCGGGGCGGGCGUGUGGGGCUGCCGGGCGAGGCCUACGAGUGGUACAAGCUGUACCUGGUGGGCGGCGCAGCCGCGGCGCGCUGUGAGCUGCCCCCCACUCCUGGCCCCGCACCUGGCCCCGCGCCAUCCGGCCCCACGCCUGCCCUGCUGCUCACCUGUGACCGGCCUGAGCGCGACGUGCGCUUCACCAUCAAGUUCCAGGAGUUUAGUCCCAACCUCUGGGGCCAUGAAUUCCGUGCCCACCAGGACUAUUACAUCAUCACCACGUCCGACGGCACCAAGGAGGGGCUGGAGAACAUGAAAGGCGGUGCCUGCCUGAGCCGGGGCAUGAAGGUCAUCCUCAAAGUGGGGCAGAAUCCCGGCUCCGUCUCCCCCAAGUCCAGGUCGGAGGUGCCGGCAGUGAAGGACCGAGGCACCCUGGGUGGGGCUGACCCCAGCAAGGAUGGCAGCCCAGGCUCCGGGAAUGGGACAGGGCGUGCAGGGGGGGCAGAUGGCCCCCUGCCCCAGUCUAAUGUGCCGGCCGUGGCAGGGGCGGUAGGGGGUGCAGCUGUAGUGGCACUGCUGGCGGCCGGUGUGACGGGCACCGUGUGCUGGCGGCGCCGUCGAGGAAAGCAGGGUGGGGGGGCUGGCAGCGGGGGCAACAACAAUGGCUCAGAGCCCAGCGACAUCAUCAUCCCACUGCGGGCAGCUGAUGGCGCCUUCUGCCCCCACUAUGAGAAGGUGAGUGGCGACUAUGGGCACCCUGUCUACAUUGUCCAGGAGAUGCCCCCCCAGAGCCCCGCCAACAUCUACUACAAGGUAUGAGGGGCGGGGAGCCGGCUCCUCCCCCCACCCGUGGCCUCGCCCCUCCAGUGGCUUGGCCCUGCCCCCCCCAGCGCUUGAGGGGUGAAUGGAGAUGGAUCCGGCCCCUCCUGGCACUGAUGGGGUUAAUGGAGACAGCUCAAGCCCACCCCACCCCCAGCACCAAUGGGGUUAACAUAGAUCCAGCCCGUUCAGGACUGAUGGGGUUAACGGAGACAGAUCCGGCCCUUCCCAGGACUGACAGGGUUAACAUAGCCAGAUUCAGGCCCCCCCAGCACUGACGUGGUUAACAGGUUAAUGUAGAGGGAUCCAGCCCCCUAGCACUGAUGGGGUUAACGGAGAUAGAUCCAGCCCCUCCAGCACUGACAGGGUUAAUGGGAUCCAGCCCCCCCCCCUGCAUUGAGGGGGGUUAAGGGAAAUAGAUCCAGCCCCCCCACACACACACACACUGACAGGGUUAAUGGAGAUAGAUCCAGCCCAUCCCCCCAGCACUGAUGAGGUCAGUGGAGGUGGAUCCAGUUCCCUCAACACUGACGGGGUUAACAGAGAGAGAUCCAGCUUCUCCCCCCCCCCCCCACUGGCUCCCCGCAGUAAUGGUUAAUGAGAUCCAGCCCCUCCAGCACUGAUGGGGUUAAUGGAGAUUGAUCCUGUCCCCUCUAGCACUCACUGGGUUAAUGAGGUUCCCCCCCAGCACUUACAGGGAUAAUGGAGAUGGAUCCAGUGGGGGGGGCAGCACUGAUGGGGUUAAGGGGGUUGGCUCUUACCCCUCUGGUGAUGCAAGGAUUUAUGGCUCCCCACUAGCUCUGCCCCCCCCACCAGGACCCUCCCCCUGCUGGCUCCCAUAGGGGAGUUAGGAAGUGAUAGGUUUAAUGAGAAUCUCUCCCCUCCUUCCCUUCCCCUUGUCCCCCCAAGCACAUAAAGCUGGCUGUGUGGCCUCAAGGGGGUGGGGCCUGUCUUAUCCCAGUUGGUUGGGUGGGGAUGGUGUGGGCGGGGCUGGAAACAACCAGACCAAGAUGGCCACUGUCCCCCUAACCUCCAGCAAAUGGGGGUCAGAACCAGGCCUGGGGGAGGGACUCUAUUCUCCCCCAGCUCUGGAGGAAGCAGACAGGAAGUGACACUACCUGACAGGAACUGAGGAGUAAAGGCCUCCAAUUAGGGCGGGACUUCCUAUUUUGGUUGGGGAAGGCAGGGACCCAGACUUCCUGGUUUGGGUGCUUAUGGGGGGGCCAGGACUUCCUGUUUUAGACACCAACGAGGGUUGGGUCUUCCUAUUUUGGACACUGAUGGGGGCCAGGACUUCCUGCUUUGGGCACUGGCAAGAGCCAGGACUUCCUGUUUUGGACACCAGUGGGAGCUGGGACUUCUUGCUUUGAACACUGGCAACAGCUGGAACUUCCUGUUUUGGACACCUUUGAGGGCUGGGACUUUCUGUUUAAGGUGCCAUUGGGCACCAGGACUUCCUGCUUUGGGCACUGGCAAGAGCUGGGACUUCCUGCUUUGGACACUUAUGGGGCCAGGACUUCCUGUUUUGGAUACUGGAGACUGGGACUUCCUGUUCUAGGUGCCAAAAGAAGCCAGUACUUCCUGUUUUGGACACCGUGGGGGCCGGGACUUCCAGUUGCCUCGGCCAUUCCCGCUGUGCUGGCCCUUCCCGUCCAAAUGGUUCAUUAUAGACGUUCUUGUGAACCUGACCCGCCUCCGUGGUUCUUUUGCACGAGUCCUUGUGAGCUCACAGGGGGGACUUGCACAUGGAGGGGGAGGAUCUGGGGCACAGCAAUGAGGUCACCCUAACCCAGGGGUGGGCCAGAUGCGGCCCACCAGGCCAUUCUAUCCAGCCUGCAGGGUCCCUAAAAAAAAUGGAAAAUAAAUACUUAUCUGUCCCUGGCAACCUGUCCUCCAUGGCU